UAUUUCCGACUAAUGAAGGAAUUGCAUUAGCUAAAAGAUUAAUAAAUAAAGUUGGGGGAGCAACUUCAAUCAUUUAUACUCCAAUUACAUGGAAAAAAUUAAUUAAACAAUUUAUGUAUAUAGAAAAAAAUGAAGCUACUAACAAAAACAAUACGAAUUUGCACAGUCAUGAAAACGAAAGUGCAAGUAUUCUGAAACGAGCAGCGGAUUAUGG